CACCUGAACACUCUCUAAACCGCCUGUGCAUUAAACCCUAAACCCUCAGAUUGCCGAUUGCCUCCGAGAGAGAGAGAGAGAGAAAGAAAGCCAUGGAUGAAUUGACUCCGAUUUGGGACUUGCCGGACGUACCCAAGGGCGUGCUACCUCCGCACAUUGACCUGCAAAAAACUCGAGUUGUAUGCAAUUUUGAUGCUCCCAUUAAUACGGAGAAUAUUCAAUAUUCUGGAGCAUUUGCAUCAAUUGGAGUUGAUAAUAGCGUGCAGUUAGAUAAGUUUAAAGAAAACUUUAAAAUUGAAGUAAUUCGGCUUGACGAGUCUGAUAUGGAGUUUGAUAUGAUUGGUGUUGAUGCUUCGCUAGCUAAUGCUUUCAGGAGGAUACUCAUUGCUGAGAUUCCAACGAUGGCUAUUGAGAAGGUUUUUAUGGCAAAUAACACAUCUCUUGUCCAAGACGAGGUACUUGCACAUAGAUUGUGUCUUGUCCCACUCAACGCUGAUCCAAGGCUAUUUGAAUAUAAGUCAGAAAAUGAUGAGUCUAGCGAAAAGAACACUAUUGUUUUCACUCUCCAUGCAUCCUGUACAAAGGGUGGCUCACGUAUUUCAGUAAAAACGGAUGAACUGAUUUGGUUACCAAAUGGGAGUGAGUUUGAAUUGCCUACAGAGAAAUCUACAUCGGAUUCAACUGUAAAACCAAAGACAUAUACCUCAUUUACUUGCAGUCAAGAUUCCAUAUUAGAAUUUGCAAACAAUCCGAUUGCCCCAACCAAUUCAAAUAUUGUUUUAGCAAAACUUGGUCCAGGCCAGGAAAUUGAACUUGAAGCACAUGCAGUUAAAGGUGUUGGUAAAACUCAUGCAAAGUGGUCUCCUGUAGCCACUGCUUGGUAUAGGAUGCUUCCCGAGGUUGUAUUUUUGAAAGAUGUUGAAGGUAAGAAAGCAAAAGAACUUGUAGAGAAAUGUCCUGCUAAAGUCUUUGAUAUUGAAGAUAUGGGUACAGGUAUAAAGAGGGCAGUUGCAUCUCGGCCACGUUCUUGUACUCUUUGCAGAGAAUGUAUCAGAGAGGGAGAUUUCGAUCAAUACGUGUCUCUUCGACGAGUGAAGGAUCAUUUCAUCUUUACCAUAGAGUCAACCGGAGCAUUGCCUCCUGAGGUUCUAUUUACGGAAGCUGUGAAGGUUUUGGAGGAUAAAUGCGAAAGGUUGAUCACUGAACUUUCAUGAUUUUGGAGGACACGAAGAGGAUGUUGGAUCAAUGAACUUUCAUGAUUUCUUUUCUUUUAUAUGAUUUUGAUCGAUGAUUUGACUAUUAUGUGGGAUGAGUAAAUACUAGGAAAUAUGAGAUUUUGAACUUACUAGCAGAAGAAGAGUUUGAAUAUCUUUGCUUUUGCUCUAUA